UAAACCUAAGAAUAAUCUAGCCUCUUUUAAUGUGUUUCUGCUCUGAUCAUGGAGCUGUCCUGUGAGUCCGUGAGAUACCCAGAAGACAGAAGACCGGCCAGUUGCAAGUUUGUGGAGCUCCAUGUGCUGUAUGUGCCAGGUGACCAGUGGAAUGAGAAGCUCAACAAAGUCCCAGCUGAAGCCAUAGAGAGCUUCAUAUCUGCAGGCUUCAUCAGGGUUUAUCCUGAUAUCACCCUUAAAACUCUGAGGAGCGAGCUUGGUGUCCUCCUUGGCGCAGAGAGGACCAUCGACAAAUUCUCCUUCCUGAAAUGUGUGGGCCACAGUCUAGCACUGGUUAAAAGCAAACAGGAGAGGGAUCUGAAAGUGAAAACAUUCGCUCCACCGUAUGCGCCGCAGCCGGAGCUUUACCUGCUGCCCACUGUGGAGAACGGCAGUAGUGUUUGCUCCCAGUCCCUCAUCUCAGACACCAGCAGCAGCUCCCCGGACCACCCGACCUAUUACCACCCUCCCGAGACACGCAGCCUGCCAACAAGGACAAAGGAGCCUGUUAAAUUCCCUCUCAUCCCCCAGUAUUCCCAUCAGCCACCUCCCACCCCCAGCCAAGAGGAGGAGGGUGAUGAAGAGGAGGAGGAGGGUGAUGAAGAGGAGGAAGAAGAUGAGGAGCAGAGCUACAGUUCCUCAGAGGGAGAUGGAGAAAAUGAAGCUCUCACCUCCAAAAAGCCUGAGUGGGCAGAGCGGGAGUGUUGUCCAAGGCAGAAUCAAAGGGCACCACAGCCUGUUUCACUGAACAAAGGUUUACAAUGUCGUGAAGCUGAUUCAGUUCAGGUGGAGGUGUUGCCAGGAAAAGGAGGAACCUGCAGAACGAAGAAACAACACCACAGAGAAAAGAGAGUGGCCAGAGAUUCAGGUGUAGCAGAAUCCCUGGAGGACAGGGAUUCAGGCUUCUCCCUCACAGAUGGACGUGGAAAAUCAAAGGAUGCAACUACGAUGAAGUCAAUCAGGAGUAAACCAACAAGUGGGGAGACAGAAAGCCCAGCUGUGUUGUCUCGGCCUGUUCGGUGUACCUCUCCACCUCCGAGUCUAGACUUGGCCUUGGUCACCCAUAAAACUGCUACUUCUCCAGUCUUUCAGGCAAACAGAGAGGAACUGAUCGAGGAAAUCAAGCUGGUGAGGGAGGAAAGGAAGCAGCUGGAGUGGACGAGACAAGAGCUGCUAAGGAAGGGGAAAGAUUUAUUGGCCCAAAACAGACACAGGAGGAAUCAAGCACGCGACAGCUGGAAAAAGAAAUAUUUUGAAACCAAGAAAUCCACUGCACCACUGGAGGACAACCUGAGAAACUUACGACAAGAGUUGGAGACAUUUUACAACAAACUCUUGCACCAGCUCCAGGCCAGAGAUAACAGAGGGAAACCAAGGCGACAAGGCAGAUCCUCCGUCAAGAAUGAGCUCAUCAUUCAGAUCAUGACAGAGAGCCACGAGAUUGACAACCUGAGGAGGAAAGUAGAAGCUGCCGAGAUGAAGCUGGUAACAGAGAUAAAGUUGAGGAAACAGGCUGCCACAGAGCUGAGGGCCCUGAGGGCUGAACUGGCCCAGAAGAAAAGCCAGGCAUCUCAUCCGGGGCCCACGGCCUCUCUAGGCUUUGGAAAUACCAAAAGGGAAAGACCACAAGUUCAAAACACCUCCAUCUAAUUCAGUAUGUACAGGACUGUGCAUGUGGCAGACGUUGUCUGA